UCCCCACAACUCUCUCACACCCCCAAAUCGUCGUCGUGAGGGCGCCGCAUGACCGGUUUUUUUCCCUCUUCAUAAACUGUUUUGAGUUGAGCCAAGAAUCUUUUCCUUCUUUCUCUACUGUCUUUGAAUUCCCUAUUCAAUCAUGACACUUGCCAAUCUCGACCAAGUUCUUACGCACUACAUAUUAUCGACCCAUCCACUCAACGGGUCCAUCACCGACCUAACAAACAAGAACACAGGCGAGCUUGCAUACAUAAAGAUCCGGCAUAAGGUGGCGAACAUGUAUGCUAUUAGUUUAGUGGAUCCCAAAACGUUUGUAGCGUAUGCUGAAACGCAUUGCAAAAGCGCCACCAGCCGUUCGCGCAACAUUGUUCUUCACUGCGGCGAUGAACAGCAUAAAGACGAUAAGGAAGUAACGCUUAGGGAAACAUCCAUAUUCGGUUUUGAAUGGUGCUUUGAAUGGGCUGGUGAGCAAUAUCGAUGGUACGUUUUCUGGCAGUGUGUGGCUGGAUAUAGCUCCCACUAUCUCUCUGUUUUCUUCUGUCUUGCUGAUACACCUAGCGUCUCCAAUAACACACAACAGGAUCCGUGA